AUGGAUCCCUUCGGACGCCUCCCUUUAGAGAUUCGGGAAAUGAUCAUAUCAAAUUUCGACAUCAGCCCUGAUAUGUGGUUUAUUUGUCGAGCAUCCCCCGUUUUCUGGCACCAACUCCACACGAGCAAAUUACUAAAAACUUGGCACACCCUUAGAAAGGAGCUGGGCUAUGAGAUGCUUGCGCACGUCUUGAUGCUUGUGCAAUAUCCGAAGAUUGAGGAACCCAUUCCAAAGUAUAUAGAAAUGGAUGGGCAGGGAAUGCCAAACGUCUACUUUCGGGAUCCGCUGUUCACCCCACAGCAACAUUUAAUUUUCGAGAUGCAUGACAGGUACCAAGGCAUGCUCAACUGCUUUGCGCUGGGCCCUGAAUUGGUGCCUCUCUAUAGGGAUAAAUAUCCUGACGCCUGCCUUGGCAAGUUUAGCGAUUACCUUGCCAAAUCUUUCGGAGAACACGGGGAACAGCUUCCUACUGUAAUGCUUCCAGUUGAGUCCCGAAUGAGUUACCGGCUCUUCUAUCUUCUCCUCGCCAUCGAGAUGAUGGACCAAUGUCCAUCAGCCUUCGUAACAGCCCUGAGAGAGCCUCCCAAACAACUAUCUAUAAAAGAAGAGCGCUCUCUAAGGCUUGUUGAUUGCUGGAUACAGAAGGUUCCAGGAAGUGUUUCAGACGGUUGUAGGAGGUUCUAUGACCUGCCCGAGGAAUCUGAGGAAGAAGAAGACGAUAAUGAUAAUUGGGAGGAGGAGGAGGAGGAGGAGGAGGAGGAGCAGAGGGAAGCUGAAGAAAUGGUGUUUAUUCAAUGCUAG